AUGGCGACAGCAUGUAAGGAAUCGGCUGUAGAGCUCAACACGCUCACCGUCGAGCACGUGUUGUCGGAUCUUGAAGCUCUCACGCCGGGCGCUGCGCUUUUUUCGCUCGUACAGGGCUCGGCGUCAUCAAGUGGGUCUGGUUGCGAUCGCGGUCUAUUGGAAUCAUUCGAAGCGGGUGUAGAUCCGUCAGGUAGGAAGCAGCAUGUGGAACUGUCUCACAUGCUUUUGGCGAGUCACAGGACAGCGGAGCGCUUGAACAGCGAGCGCGUCUCGGCAGCAGAAGUAGCGCUCGUGCUGCCUUCAGAGCGCAGUCGUGCAUCCAAAUCGACGUCAGGCUCGACGAGUCCAAGCAGAGACAUUGAUUUGGCAAGAAAGGCAACGAGGACCGACUUGUUACACGCAAAAGUGGCGGACCUGCAAAGUCAAGUUGAUGCUUGGUCCUCGGCGCUCGAACAAGCCAGCCAAGUGGUCCACGAACCUGGCUCCAACACAAGCUUAGCAGCAGCAGCGACGGCUUCGACGGCGGACGCGCAGUCAACCCGAACGAGUGGUUCGCAGGCUGCUCCGCUAGAAUCACAAAGCACCGUCCAAGGCCAGAUAGAUCGAAGCUCAAACAACCGAUCCACCUUUGUGGAAUCGAUAUCGUCGGAAUUGCGACAGGAAGGAUCGACUCGCAUUGCGAUCGAUGCGCCAGAAGCCGUCACCUCGGCAACAGAGGAUUUCGAAGACGACGAUCCUUGGAAUGAUCCCACUUAA